UUGAUUGUUUACCACUUACGGUCCUACUUAUUUUGGACUAACAAUUGUUGAUUUGUUUUGUUUUGUUAAUAUUGCUAAAACAUUUCAAGGAUGUCGCGGAACUACGAGUAUACGGAAACCCUUAAGAUAGAGCCCCUUGAUCUUAUUUACGAGGAUGACAUGGAAUUUUUGGACAUCGAACCACCGCCUGAAAAAGAGGAAAACGAAGAGCCGGUAAAAUUAAAGCGACUGGUUUGCAAUCGAAAUGGCUGCACUUACUCCACCGACAGACGCAGGGAUUUGAAACGCCACAGGCGCUCCGGAAAGCACGAGCACGAGGAUUACCAAUCCGACUCCGAAUCCGAUGUCGAUCGAUCCCUGUUCACCUGCAAGGUGUGCGAUUACAAGACGGCCAAGCGAUUCUGCUUUCAGCGGCACAAGGAAUCCCGACGCCACCUCAUGAAGGAACUGGAGGCCUGCGAACAGCUGAUGGACGAGGCGGAUAGGGCGGAAAUUCACAGGAAGCGCAGGAAAAGAAGGGAGGAGAUGGAACCAGAGGCUUCCGAUUCUGAUGUAUCUCAGGAAAAUUACACAACCCCGUUAAAAUCCUUCCAGAACAAGAAGGAGGCACCACAGAGCCUCCUGGAGCCCAGCGACUACAUAGAGUAUUUAUCCCAGGAUGCGGAACACUUAGUGGAGGAGACAGAGGAUGAAUAUCCCACCUUCAAGCCAAGCAACUCCACCUUGGAGUGCGACGUCUGUGAGUACAAAACAGCCAGGAAAUUCGCCUUUGUUCGCCACCUGCAAUCAUCGAGGCACCUGGCCAAAAUGGAAGAGCGGGAUAAUGGCUAUGAGGCGGAAAACCAGCUGGAGGAGAUCGAUGGCGAUUUGGAGGAGUUCGACGAGCAGGAUAUUCAUCAUGAGCUGGAGGAGGAUAUAAAUGCCAUGACACAUCAAAAUAGUAUAGAGGAGAUAAAUACCCUGAAAGAGGAGAACGUAAUGGUGGAGAUUGAUGCCCUGGAGGGGCAAAAUGGUCUAGGGGAGAUUGGAUCCCUGGUGGAGAUCGAUGGGCUGGACCAAACAGAACCCAGAUUCGAUGUGAUUGAAUAUGCAGCUGCAGAAGAAAAUGUUUACGAGGAGAUCGUUUACCUGCCCACCGAAGAGCAUCAGGAGGAUAUCUGUUACUUUAUAGCGCUCGAACAAUGACUAGUCGUACGAAUUUCCUAUUAAAUAGUUC